GAAACACCUCCACGCGUGCAGCACGAGCUGUAGAGAUGUGUGUUCAUCGUUUCAGAAUGAUGCUUCUCGUUGGGCGCGUCAUCAUCAUCAUCUGUCAUCAUCGCUUCAGCUGCAGUGAGAAACAAGUGUAUGAGCGCGAGACAUCAUCCUCCACUCUAUCAGUCCUUCUCACGCGGAGCUUCCCAGCAGUCUUCCACUUUCAUCUAGUUUGUUCAAUAUUAAAGGGUUUGCGAAGGAUCGAUUGUGAACAUGGCAUCAAUCUGUGCGGUGGCGCACAUUUUUCUCUGUCUUAACGCUGUCAAAGUUUACUCGUCAAAGCUGAACGAAGAUAUUCCUGCAACAGAACCGUCCUUCCACAAUCCUGCUCGAGACAUGAUGACUGUUAAUAUGUACAGGGUUUAUGAUAAAUACAGCAAGAAACAUCAUCAUCACCAACAACAACACAACGUCAACACAAUCCGAAGCUUCAGAGGAGUCUCAGAGCUCUCCCAUCACAAAGUUGUUUUCCACUUCAACCUGACCUCUAUCCCCGACUCGGAGAUGAUACUGACGUCAACACUACACUUUCUUGACCAGCAAGCUCGUCAACGGCCUUGGGCCUGCCGGCGUUCCCGCGGAGCCGCGUGCCGCCUCCAGUACCUUCAGUCGCUUACCACGGCACAACUUAUUAUUAAGGGAACAUCACCAAAUGCUGCCGUCCCCUCUCAGCUGUGCAACAUCACUUUGUCCCCUAACAGAAAGGGGCUUUGGCAGAUUACGGACGUAUCAUCAGCCAUCAAACAAGCCCAUGUGAACGGCGAACUCUUGAUUACCGCUGAGUUUGACUUCAGUCACCACAGACGUCACGAUCGUUUGUCUCCUCACAGCCUGCCGUUCAUUCUUGUAUACGCUGAUGACGUCGCCAUAACAGAACCAAACAGCAUUGCUAUGAGUUUACAGAGAUACAGUCCGUCUCCUGUGGUUGAGGAGACCAGGACCAAAGCGCCCACAGCUUCCUUAAGCUCCAGAAUCAGAAGGGAAGUGGAUCACUUGCAGAAUAACUUCCUUCCUGACGUCCAAUACAACGAUCUGAAGAGCAGGGAGUUAUGGGACAGUGCCUUUUUUGCAAAAAAGCCCAAGCCGCUGUCAAAAGGCGAGGAAAAUCACGAGGGAUCGAGAGGGUCGCAGGAGCUCACCUUUGACGAGAAGACCAUGAAAAAAGCGAGACGCAAGCAGUGGAGCGAACCGCGAGCGUGUGCGCGCCGUUACCUAAGGGUGGACUUCGCCGACAUCGGUUGGAGCGAAUGGAUAUUAGCUCCGAAAGCAUUUGAUGCCUACUAUUGUGCGGGAACCUGUGGAUUCCCCAUUCCAAAGGUUGUUCAUCCAUCCAAUCAUGCGACCAUCCAGAGUAUAGUGAGAGCCGUGGGGAUCGUGCCUGGAGUUCCAGAGCCGUGCUGCGUGCCUGACAAGAUGAGCUCUCUGGCUGUGCUCUUUCUGGACUCCAGCAGGAACAUGGUAGUGAAGGUCUAUCCCAGCAUGUCUGUGGAGACCUGUGCCUGUCGAUAAGGAUAGCAAGGCCACUAAUAUGCAAAACACAAUGAACUCAGCUCAAGGGACUGCCGAAGCACGUCAGAUGACAAAAAAUGAACGUUUUAUCUCUGCAAAUAAGACCUCGACACCUCAAAUAAUAUUGGAUCUUUGCACACAAACAUUGUAUCCUCUUUCCACUCUUUCUUUUUGAAUGAAUUGUAUAUAAUCCUUAUUGUAACAUAGUAAGCCAAACUGUUUUUGUUUUGAAACAAGUACAUGGCAAAUUUAAAAGAACAUAGAGAUUUAAAUGGAUUUCUGUAAAUAAAUCCGGAAACACUUUACACAAGGUCUCAUUUUUUAAUAGGCUAUUAGUUUUAAUGCAUUAGUUCACAUGAACUAACUAUGAGCAAUAUAUUUUUACAGCAUUUGUCAAUGUUAGUAAAUAAAAAUACAUUUAAAUAGUUCACAGUGCAUGAAAUAAUGUUUUAUUUUUUUUUAAAAAUGUGUUAAUAGAUUUAAUAAUUACACUUUAAAAAACGCUGGGUUAAAAACAACCAGAGUUGGGUCGAAAAUGGACAAACCCAGCGGUUUGGGUUAAAUGUUUGCCCAAUGUGCUGGGCAGUUUUAUUUAAUCCAACUAUUGUUUAAAAAUUACUAUAUGUCUGACUUAAAAUGAACCCAAAAUAGGUUGAAAAUUAAAAAUCAGACACAUAAUUACUAGAGGCAACAAUAAUCAAAAGGUGAACAUUUAUUAAUAAGCAAUUUAAUAAAUGUUUGUUUAAUUAUUAGUUAUUAAACAUAUUAAUAAAUGUUCAGUUAUUAAACAUAUUAAUAAAUGUUCAGUUAUUAAACAUAUUAAUAAAUGUUCAUUUCCAACUUAUUUUGGGUUCAUUUUAAGCAAGAAAUACAGUCAUUUUUAAACAAUAGUUGAGUUAAAUAAAACUACCCGGCAGGUUUAGCAAACAUUUAACCCAACCGCUGGGUUAAAACAACCCAAUUGCUGGGUUAAAACAACCCAUUCGCUGGGUUAAAACAACCCAUUCGCUGGGUUAAAACAACCCAAUUGUUGGGUUAAAACAGCUCAAUCGCUGGGUUAAAACAGCCCAAUCGCUGGGUUAAAACAAUGCAAUCUCUGGGUUAAAACAACCCAAUCGCUGGGUUAAAACAGCUCAAUCGCUGGGUUAAAACAGCCCAAUCGCUGGGUUAAAACAAUGCAAUCUUUGGGUUAAAACAGCUCAAUCGCUGGGUUAAAACAACCCAAUCGCUGGGUUAAAACAAUUCAUUCACUGGGUUAAAACAGCUCAAUCUCUGGGUUAAAACAGCUCAAUCGCUGGGUUAAAACAACCCAAUCGCCGGGUUAAAACAACCCAAUCGCUGGGUUUGUCUAUUUUCAACCCAACUUGGGUUGUUUUUAACCCAGCAUUUUUAGAGUGUACCAUUGAUUAAGAGAUGCUGUAGAAGUAUUUUCAUUCGUAGUUAACUAAAGUUAAUAAAUGAAACCUUAUUGUAAAGUGUUACGUUACCAUACGUCCUUAUAAACAGGGGGUCUUUGAUUUGAUUUGUAGGCUUGUUGGAUGAAGUGUAACCUAGGAUUUAAACACCUGGAAUAUUGCAUUAAAAGAAAACUGCAGACCAUUUUUGGUAAUUUUUGAGGAGAAAUGAAGAAAAUUCAGCGUAAUGCUGCCAUCUAGUGCUUCGUGAUUUGGCAUAACAUUAUUUUCCCCCUACGAUGAGAUCAGACCCCUUAAGUUAGAACAGAUGGAUUGAUUAGCCACAGCUAUAGAAAAGACAUUAGAUUAUGGAUUUUAAAAUAAAAUAAAUAACAUCUCAGAGGUUUUGUCAAAGAUUUGUGAAAGGAGAGUUUUGUAUUUAAUAGCAAUUACUUGUCAUUUGUAAUUAUUUAUUUUUUUCAAACUGUAUUGUAUUGACUUUUUAUGCAAAAAUUUCUUAAACCAGAUUCUUCAAUGUUGUUCUGCUAUAUAAACUGGUAUGUUUGAUUUUUAACUGAAAUCCUGAAGGAUUUUUUUGUGAAUAAAGACCUAAUGAGUUG